AUGUAUAGUUCUGGACAAUGGUUUAACAGACAAGCAAGCGACCCAUUUGUCAAGAACCGAAUAAAAUGGAACCUGCGAUCCCGAUCAGCAUUCAAGCUCAAAGAGCUUCAAAGCAAGUACAAUUUUAUGAAGCCGGGACAGGUGGUGUUGGAUUUAGGAGCAGCUCCAGGCGGAUGGACCCAAGUUGCACUGGAUGCUGUAUGGCCUGACCGAGCACAAUCCAUGGAUGGACGAGUCAUUGCAGUAGACUUACUGCCUAUUGAGCCUAUAGACGGAGCAGAGAUCCUACUGGGAGACGUACAUGAGGAUGCAGUAUUACAGCAAAUCUACACUCUAGCAGCAUAUCCGUAUCAACCAGAGGGUCCAGUAGUUGAUGUUGUUCUAUCAGACAUGGCACAUUCGUUUACAGGACAUAGAUCUACAGAUGCUGCUCGAGUGCAAAACCUGUGUGAAUUUGCACUGUCUGUUGCUAGUCAUCCAUGGCUUCUUAAACCUGGAGGAAACUUUCUAUGCAAGUACUUGCGUGGUGAUGGAGACCAAGAGCUCAAAAAGUUGUGUCAAAGUCGAUUCCAGCAGGUGAUUGUAACAAAGCCAAAAGCCAGUCGUCAGGGCUCUGCAGAAGCUUAUUUUCUUUGCCUUGGAUUUAUAGCUGACAACAAGGCAUGA